AUGGCGUCCCUGCGGCGGCUCCUCGACGACCCGAAGCGGACGAACGCCGUGCUGCGCAAGUACCGCGUGCCGGCGCCGCUGGACCCCUGCGCGUCGCGCCUGAGCGCCGCGACGUUCCACUACCUCUGCGCGCAGCGCUGCUCCGCGACGGAGGGCGAGCGGAGCCUCGUGCUCUACGAGCGCGCCUUACGGGACGCGCGCGCGGCGGCGGCGCGCGCGCCGCCGGGCGCGUCCGGGGCCCACAACCUGCUGGGCGCCGUCUGCGACCGCCUGGGCCUCGGUGGCGAGGCCCUCGAGGCCUACAAGAGGGCCGCGAAGGAGGAUCCCAAGGACUGCCACGCGCACUUCAACGUCGGCGCGGCGCACCAGAAGCGCGGCGAGCUCGUGCUCGCGGAGCACGCCUACAUCCGCGCGACCCAGGCCUGGACGAAGUACGCCCUGGCCUACUACAACCUCGCGAACGUGCUCCAGAAGAAGGGCGAGAGCCUCCGGGCCGUCGAGGCCUACAAGGACUGCGUCGCCGCGGACCCGACCUUCGAGAAGGCCCACGCGGCGCUCGCCUUCUUCCACGAGAAGAACGGCGACAAGGUGCGGGCCCACCGCCACAAGGUCGCCGCCCAGACCAAGGGCGAGGCCGCGCGCCGCGCGCAGCAGCCCGUCGCGACGGGCGCGGGCAAGCACUGCGCCGACUACUCGCGCUUCGACAAGGUCGUCGACAGCUCCGACGACGAGUUCGAGCGCAAGGUGGGCUACGAGCCCCCGACGCGCAUCAACUGGCCCACGGAGCCGAAGUACCUCCCGGGCCAGGAGCCCGAGGAGGUCAAGGACAAGCGCCUCCCCUGGUGCAAGAACGACCCCGGCAACAAGGACGGCCGCCGCUACUCGAAGCGGGGCUUCUGA